GAUUACAAUGUAUUCGCGAGUGUUUUACGCGAGUGUCCUGUGCAUAUUCUGAGAGGAGGUGGAGGUCUGGGAGAGACAUCGGGCACUGAUGGAGCAAUCUGAUGAAUCAUUGUAGCGAUGUUGCAGAUAUAACUGUUGCGCAUCGGCUCUGAAGACAUUGAAUCAUUUGAACAAGGAAGGUGAGGCGCUUGCUCUUCAAGAUGAUCUCACAACGCACCCCACCUUGGCCUUGAUGCGGCGCAUCCUUGCAGAUGCACAGGCAAAAUUCCGCGUGAUGGUGGAGGAGAACGCAGCAACCGGCGCCCGGCUGGAUGGCGAGCUGGAACGCGCUAGGGGCGAGUGCGCCAUACUUCGGGGUGAAUUACGCGACGUUCGUGGCGCCUUACCAAUCGUACUGAAUAAUAAUAACGCCGGCAAUGGCAACUCUAACAGUAACAACAAUUCUGGUACAGCAGCCAGUGUUUCCAGUGGCAAUGCGAAUCCCGGCCAGGAAGGCGAGGCUCAACAACAAGCACAACAGGAAGAUGGCAAACGGCUUAGCGCUGGCAGCAGCCCCAUUGAGAAGAGAAGCUCGGCCAGUGAUAAAUCCGCCAGUCCCAUCGACAAACGGACUAGCCCGGUAGACAGGAAAGAUAGAACCAGCCCUAUCGAGCGGCGAGCCAGUCCCGUAGAACGAAGAAAUGGAUCGCCCUGCCGAAGUCCGAGCGAGAAAGCUCGCCGACCGUAUGCCCCUGCUUUGGAGAAAACGCGGCUGGGAUCCGGAGGUAGUGUGGAUUCUCGAUCGGGUAGCGCCAGCCCGGAUCGGGGAUCGGCGAACCGAAGCGGCUUCCUGCAUCGUGGUGGCAGCGAUCGUUCCAGCGUGGAACGGCUCCGGAUAUCGACUAACCGCGACUCCUUGCGAUCCAACAAGGAGAUGAAUGACCAUGAUCAAAAGGAUAUUGAUAAGGAUCUUGUGGAUGGUGAUGUGCGAGGCGAUGAGGACAAUGAACCUCCUGGACCAGCACCUGGCAGCAGACCAUCAUCUCCAGCUAAUUCCCUCGGAAUCGGCGACCCGGUGGUGGCGUCUAGACUAUCCAAUAUUCAUGGCGGUGGACACACAGAGCUGGCUAGUGCCAGAAGAUUGCGACUGGAGAACGAACGAUUGGUAGCCGAGGUUGCGAGGUUGAGGAGGUUGUUGCUAAGCGGUGCAGCGCGCGGCGAGGUCGGUGCCGAGGAUGCCGCAAUGGAAGAAGAAGCGCGGUUUGUCGCUCUAGAAAUGGAAUUGCAGCACGCGAAGGAAGCACUCCAGGCCUUGAAGGCUGAUCGGAAGCGUCUCAAAGCGGAGAAGUUCGAUCUUCUCAAUCAGAUGAAGGCGCUCUACGGCACCCUCGAGGACAAAGAGCGUGAACUCCGCGAUUUUAUCCGAAAUUACGAACAGCGGAUGCGGGAGAACGAGGCGACCCUGGGACGUCUUCAGCAGCAAGGAGCCGGCAUGCCUUCGGAGGAACGCGAACGGGAAAGGGAGAGGGAACGCUGGAGUCUUCUAAGGGCAGCGAGAGACGAGGCCGAUCGAAGUCUCAGCCUCGCGGCUAGUUUGGCCGACAAAGAAGCAGCCCUUUCGCACGCACACGCGACCAUAAAAGAGCUGCAACGUCAGCUGACAGAACGCGGAGGUGGCGGUGGCGGAGUUUGUUUGAGCGAUCAAGAGUCCCUGGUAUCAUUUCCGCGAGGCAGCGUGAACGGUGCUGCGACGCCUGGAGCCGGCAGCAGCAGCGGCGGCGGCGGUGGCGGUGGCGGUAGCUGUGGCAUUAUUCCUCAUAUGAAUUCCCAGCCACCCUUGGGCACCGAGCUCGGCAUGUCCGUGGGUAACGUAGGUGGCGGACCGGGUGUAGGAGGAUCCUCCGGCGGCCAGGCCGGCGAUCGUGGCAGCUGCAGCGCAGACAGCGGCGUCCGCGGAUCCAGCGAUCGCGAGAGUGGUGGUGCAACCAGCGUCGGUGGAAAUCUCUCGGAUUCUACGACGGAUGGCACGCCGACAAUUACGGUCGAGGGCAGCGGUCUCGACAUGGACAGCAUCUCCGUGGUAUCCUCCGUAGCACCACCCCACAUAUACCAAUCUGCGACUACACCGAAGGACUGCAGCCCCACACUCUCGCCGUUGAACGCAUUUUCAAGGUCUAUGGACAAUUCCUCGCUAUCGCGAUCAGUCGAGCAGCUAUCCAGCCCACUGGAAUCCGAACCGAGGAGGAACAAGCAGCCACCACCUGUCGUUGCACCUGCCGCUCAUUCGCGAUCGUCCGCCACUCGCGGCGGCACAUGGGGAUCCAUUUCAAGAGUAUUCGCCCGUUCGCGACAUCGGAAAACGGCAAACAGUUCCAGUGGUGGCAGCGGUGGUAACGAGGGCUCAGAUGGUUUUGAUCCAUAUCGAUCGUGGUCACCGCUCACCGAGGAGGGUUACGCCGAGAAACUUCGUUUACUGCGAGAAGCAGCCUCUGUGCCCAUGGAGCGAUGGAGAGCCCCGACCGUUUUAGCCUGGUUAGAGGUGGCUCUCGGGAUGCCACAGUAUGGUCCACGAUGUGCUGAAAAUGUCAAAUCGGGCAAGGUUCUACUUGAAUUAAAUGACGCUGAACUGGAGGCUGGUUUAGGCGUAACUCAUCCGCUUCAUCGAAAAAAACUGCGUUUAGCUAUCGAGGAACAUCGACACCCAAGUCAUGUACGAUAUCCAUGUAUCGCCCAGUUAGGUCAUACUUGGGUGAGCUCCGAAUGGUUGCCAGAUCUCGGCUUGGCCCAAUAUUCAGAGAGUUUCGCUACUAAUAUGGUGGACGCACGUAUGUUGGACCAACUGAGCAAGAAGGAGCUUGAGAAACUGCUCGGAGUCACGAGGAAAUUUCACCAGGCUAGCAUUGUUCAUGGUAUUCACUUGCUGCGGAUGCUAAACUACGAUCGACAAGCUCUCGCUGUCAGGAGACAUCAAUGUGAACAGGUCGACACAGAUCCUUUGGUCUGGACGAAUCAAAGGUUCAUUCGGUGGGCAAGGAAUAUCGAUCUCACGGAAUAUGCCGAGAAUUUGAAAGAUUCCGGUGUGCACGGUGCUCUGGUUGUAUUGGAACCGUCAUUUACCGGUGAUACUAUGGCCACCGCCUUGGGUAUACCUCCAGCGAAGCACAUGAUUAGACGACAUCUUACCGCCGAAUUAGAAGCGCUUGUUCUACCAGCAAGAAGUCAGCUGGAGGUGGUUCCGAGGAACAGCAUCGGCGGGAGUGGCCGUCCGAUGAGCACCGCGAGCACGGGGGGUAGUCUUGGUCGAGGAAGCAGGGCGCUGCAUCUCCAGCAUCAUCAGAGUUCGUUAUCCGCCCUUCACAUGACGGCGAAUCACACCGGCACCGUCGACAGACGCAGAUCCAGCCUCAGGGGAUCUCUGAGCAGAGCGUUCGGUCUCCGGCCUAGAAGUGAGAAGGCAUCACCGUCAUCGUCUUCAGACACCGGGAGCCUCGUUAGCCAAUGCCAAUACAUGAGCAGCAGCGUUCGCAGCAACUCGCCACCACCGCCGCAACUUCCGCCGCGGCCGAUGUCAACUGGCAGCGGUAAGCGGCAUCGACGAGUGAAAAGCAUCGGUGACAUCGAGUACAUAAGCUCAGCCGCGGUCAGCACCCCGGUCUGACAGGAGGGUAGGCCCCAUCACUCGGGGCCUUACCGCAGUCUGAGCGAACGCGGUUACUCCUCUUCCUCGUACUCGUCAUCUCAGUACGGCUCGUACUCGGGCUACAGCAAUGUCCUGGCGGGCGGGGAUCAAUACCAGCCGUAUCAGCAGCAGUCAGGUGGCAAUUACUAUCAACAGCUGCAGGGCGGCUAUUAUUCACCGCAAAGUUCCGGACCCCCUUUCCCAGGUGUGCAGAGAUACGGUAGUCUGGCUGAAGAGGCAUGGUCGUCGUGCUCCACCAAAGGAGACGUUCCGGUGGGAGUCUCGAAGACUAAUCAUAGGACUUACUUAGCUUAGCUUUCUGUCGCAACAUUGAAGAUUUUUUGAGCUGAUGUUCAUUCAAGAUUAACACCACCAUGUGCAUGACGGUGACAAUAUUGUAUUCUCAAAACUAAAAUAUGUAUUCCUUUUUUAGAUUGAUUUUAUAUUUUAUCUUCGUUACACGCGAACGAUAAUUCAGUGAUUUAUGGCAAAAAAAAAUCGCAAAAAUAUCAUGUCACGCGCUUAUCGGAGCCAGAUGUUGAUCAGUGUGAUUUUUCAUAUUUCAAAUGUGGCUCGCUAUAUCAGAAACUGUACCUACAUGAUUUAAAGAGAUUAUUAUCAACAAAGAAUAUAUUGCUAAAUCUAAGAUCCCGAGCUUCUGAUAUACUUCAUGUUUUGACAUAUAAGAAUGUUAUCGAAAGGUGACCUGAUCGGAUUUAUAAUUAAUUUGAUAUAAUAAGAGGAUUGAUGCGAUCCCGAUAAUCAUUAUCCUUGGAUAAUCAUUAUCAUUACAGUAAACAUGAUUACACUUGUUACAUAAUAACGAUAAUAGACAAUACGUUAGCUGGACAAUGGAUUACGAAAAUACGAACACGUUUCGAUCAUGUUACGAUACAAUUAUAUCUAAAGUUCUAAUGAAUGAGUAAAUGUUGAUGUCAUUUAUUUCAGAGUUAUUCUUCAUUACAAGGUAAUUAUACGUCGUACAAAUACUAGACAGCAUAUCGUGAUGUUAAGAGGCAUAAAAGAAUCUGACCAAGUUUUAUGAACACAUCGAGCUAUCAACCGAUAUACGUAUAUCCAAUAGAAAUAAAUAAGAUGUAAAAGAGUAUAAUUAUAAUCACAGGUAAGAUUAUAAAUAAGCAAACUAAUAAUGAAAAUUUUUAGUUCAAUCGAUGUGUACUACGGUGACAAUAUCUCACACAAACGAUAUAAUUUUUUAUUAUUAUCAUUGCGAACGGCAUCUCUUUAUCGAGAUAUAAUUAUAAUUUAAAUUGUAAAGUCAUUUCUGUAUGUAAGUUAACACGGAAGAAUUGUAUCGUGAAUAUCAUUGAAGAAUAUUUUAGCUUAUGAAUCCCUGUGAACGAAUGAAUGAAGCUUUAACAACAUCAGCUUGCUAAAAGAUAGAAUCGCAACGACGUGCUAAUUUUGGUAUCCUUCGUGUACGUAUACAUAUAAUACGUACGUUUAUCUGUAUUUUUACGUUAUUUUCUAUCGAUGUGUACGUAUGUGUGUGAGUUUCCUACACCAUUUAACGGUGGAAACACUUAUCAGAUAAGCUUGAGGCAACACGUUCACUCCAGCUAAGUGUAUUAGAUACCGUGAAGCUAUAAUGAAUAUUGGACAGAAUCGCCUCACGAAGACGCCUAGUCUUCCAUUAUAUAUUCCAUCAUAUUCCGCAGCACGGUGAAAUUGAAUACAUUCCGUUCUUCGUUAUUCUCGAAUCAAAAGGAAGAAAUCGGAAAAUUCAAUUGUUGCUGCGAUAAAACCCUUUUCCAUUGCAUUGACACACGCGAGAGAAUUUUCCAAAUACCUACCUUCAAGCUGCAGUCUGUAUAAAAAGUUUAAAAAGAACUGCUCUCAAGACGAUUACGAUUAUAAUUUUUUUAUUGCAUAUUAUGGUAUAAUUAAUUAAUUAUACGACCAUCGCGACGCGCAUUUCUACAGAAAGGAAACAUAAACAAGGCGAGCCACAUAAUUUAAACUAAGUGCCAGAAAAAUUGAGUAUUCAUUGUAAUUUGGCACACUGCCGAAAUGUAUAACGUUCGGCCCUGCAUCAUUAUAUAUUAAUACAUACAUUCUCCCCAGUAUUUUACACUCGCGCGGUCGCAGAGAAAAAGAAAGACGAUAUUUUGCAAAUAAAAUGCACAUAUUUAACGUGAUAUUUAUUCGUAGAUUGUAAUUAUUUCUUGAUAUUUAUACAACAGCCGCGUGUUCGAUCGAACUAUUUAAUUCUAUGUCUAUCGGAAAACGAUCAGGACCAUGAUAUAAUAUAUUUUAUUGCCGGACUAGUAUUACCGUCGUUUUGCGAGGCGAAAACGGCGAAUUAAUACGUUAACUAUCGUGACAUUCGUAUACCUAAGUAAUUUAUUUAUAUAAAUUAAUUUAGGUCUUUAAUUUAUUUGUAUACAAUGUUAUUGCGCAACGCGGCCAAUACCUCGCUUGAACGCGGCAGAUCGAUAUGUUCGCUUAUUAUAUAUUGGUCGCAGCAUGCGCGAUCACACAUAUUUCGAUACAAACCGUUGUAAAUGUGCUCAGUAACGUCUGUAUAUAUUUGUGUGUACUGUAUCUAAACACAGAAAAGAAAUUAAAUAAAUGAUUGCCUUUA